UAACCAUUUGUGUGGAAUUUUUCAGCGAUUGUUCAGCACUUCAUCAGCUCCGACAGUUCAAAGCUCUGAACCGAUGGAGCGCAGCCAGACUCCGCGAUGACGCCGCCGUCGCCGUCGAUCUCGCCAGGUGAUCUCGUAUCCUUCGCCGGCAAGUGCUCGACGAAGCGCAAGCUCCGCCUCCUCCACGGCGCCCUCCUCCGCCGCCGCCACCUCCUCCCGACCGCCGACGCCGUCGCGGCACUCGCCAAGCUCCUCCGCUUCGCCGCCGUCUCCCCCGCCGGCGACCUCCGCCAUGCCGCCGCGUUGCUCUCCCUCCACCUCCCGUUCCUCUCCUCGGCCUCCUCCCACCUCGCCUUCUUCUACAACACCCUCAUGCGCGGCCUCGCCGCGUCCUCCUCGCCCGCCGCCGCCAUCGAGCUCUUCUCCGCGAUGCGCCGCGCGGGCGCCGCCCCCGACGCCUUCACCUUCACGUUCGCCCUCAAGUCUUGCUCGCGAUGCGUGUCUCAGCGGCGGUUGCCUUCCGACCUCCACGCCCAGGCGAUCAAACACGGCUGCCUUGGCGCGGGCAGCUCUCACGUGCAUGUCCACAACGCGCUGCUCCAUGGCUACUCGUCUCGGGCUGCUGUUGGGGACGCACGCAGGGUGUUCGACGAAAUGCCUGCUCGGGAUGUGAUCUCCUUCUCAGGGCUGCUGACUCUUCACCUCAAGGCCAACGAUUUGGAUGCCGCACGCGUGGUGUUUGAUCAGAUGCCUCACCGGGAUGUUGUUUCUUGGACUGCCAUGAUAUCCGCGUAUGCCAGGGCACGACGUCCGCAGGAGGCCUUGGCAUUGUUUGAUGCAAUGCCGGUGCAGCCAGAUGAAGUGACCAUGCUGAGCGUUGUGUCAGCAUGCACUGCACUCGGGGACCUUGCAACUGGGGAGCGUGUGUGUCAGUAUGUUGAUUCCAAUGGCUUCGGGUGGAUGGUGUCACUCCGUAAUGCACUCAUGGACAUGUAUGCCAAGUGUGGGAGCCUCACUGAAGCACGUAAUUUGUUUGAUGGCAUGACCGUGAGGAGCUUGGCAUCUUGGAAUACAUUUAUCUCGGCAUAUGCAUCGCAUGGUGAUGUGGAGAGCACAGUUGCUUUGUUUCAUCGGAUGCUGGCUGAUGGCAAAUCUGUGAAGCCUGAUGGGACGACACUGCUUGCAGUUCUCACCGCAUAUGCACACAAGGGCUUUGUUGAGGAGGGGCGUGCCAUGUUCAAUGCAAUCUUGAGUGGCAACUAUGGUAAAGUGGACCUCACCAUUGAGCACUAUGGAUGCAUGGUGGAUUUGCUUGGUCGGGCUGGGCAACUUGAGGAAGCAUACAAAAUGAUAGAACAAAUGCCAAUUCCAAGCAAUAGUGUGGUCUGGGGUGCUUUGCUUGGUGCAUGCCGGACACAUGGGGAUAUCAACAUGGCAGAGCGGGCGGUCCAGAAGCUAAGGAGCCUGAACCCGGAGGAGGGUGGGUACUACAUUUUGCUCAGCGACAUGUACGCUGCUUCUGGACGAACAACAGAGGCCAUGGAGAUCAGACGGAUCAUGAAUCAGGCCGGGGCCCGAAAAACUGCAGGCCAGAGCAGCUGGAGCACACCCUGUCUGCCUCAGCCGUAAUUUUUCCUAGGCUGCAUUUCACCUGCUUUUGCCCUUUGGAUCACUAGCAUAAUCAGGUGCUGUAUGCUAAUGUGCUAUACUUGCUAUCCUACAAAAGUGGGCCAGAAACGCAACAAUCAUUGUGGAGGGAAUUGUUUUUUGAACAAAUUUUGGAGGGGAAAGAUUUCAUCAUGGCUCUUUAAGAAUUCAGCUCCCCAUACUCUUCAUACGUUGCAUGAUAAUGUGCACAAGGGCGCUUAUAUUGGCAUAUUGAUAGGAGCUCUGGUACAGGAUCAGCAUGUUGAAGCUGAACCAGACGGCUCGGUCCAGAGAAUCAGUUGUUGAUGAAGCUGUGCCCACGGCCACGGCUCAAAACAGGAACCCGUACUGCGAGACCGGAACCUCGAACGCCAUCAUCUUCUCCCCUCGAGCAAACCCGUUGCGGUCGUAGGACGAGAUCUCGGUGAUGUCCAGCUCCUUGCACGCCCUGAUGAGCUCCUCCCCGACCCUCCCAGCUGCCUCCUGUCACAACAAGCCAGCCAGCUCAAGAUAUCAAUACAAAUGAGCAGUUUAUGUCUAAUUACUAGGUGAAAUUCUUGGAGGCGUCGUUUAGAAGUCCUAUUCCUUUAGGGUGUUGUGUGCUUAUUUUGUUUUAAGUAGUAGGAUCAGACGUAGACGCGUGGUGUGGUUGUAUAUUUUCUUUUUCCUGUCUAUAGUCUCCCAGGACUGUAGGCUUGUAUUUUAUUCCUUCAAUAGAAACAUCGCACUAUCUUGUGCGGGUUGUUUCAAAGAAAUUCGUGGAGGAACGGAGUGGGCGGCGUACCACGGCGCCGCAGGGCGGGUCGCCGCAGAUGGCCUUCUGCAGCGUGCUGCCGUAGAAGAGGAUCUUCCUGUUGUGGUCGUCGACGAGCAUGGCGUAGAGCUGCCUGUUGGAGCAGAACACGGACAGCCUCGGCUUCGUCGCCGUGCCAUUGAACUGCAGCGCCGGCGGCAAGAACCGGUACAUGUUAGCAGAAGGGCAAUUGGUUUGUGCUGCAUGGUGAGCCAGAUCGGAACGAGCCGUACCUUCUUCUGCAGCCUGCGGUUCCUGACCUUGGGGUUCUCCUUCCUCGCGCCGUGCCUCGCCGUGGCCUCGAUCCUCGGGUACGAGCGCCGGCGCCCGACUCCGCCGGCGCCGCCUGCAGAAGCCGGAGUGAAGAACUGCACGCCAGGCGAGCUGGGAGGGCGGCAGCACGCCGGGCGCGGCGAGAAUGGCAGCCCGGGGGCCGCGCGGAGCGAUGCCAUGGCACGCCCACGGGUGGAGACCUUGGCUAGCUGCUUGGGGUGGGCAGGCAAUCCGUCGAGCAGGUGCGGCGCGGAAUCCCGGUGGGAGCUGCUACAGUGCCCGAGAUUAGGAUUUAGGAAUGGGAUUUGUCCUCACUUCUGGGGCCCCACCUGUCACCUGACAGGUAAUACAAGGCUUAAGCAAGGGUGUAAUCGCAAAAUUCCCCCUCGAGUUUAUUCUUUCCGUAUCCAUUUUGUGCUCUCA